AUGGCUUCGACUACGCGAGCAACAACACCGGAGACAUAUUCCUACGGGCCCCAUGAUCUGCAGAAAGUGCACGUAUACAACGUGCAGAAGCAGGCAGACCUCUCGUCGAAGAGCCCCAAUCAAGGUUACUGGGUGAUCUACAUCCACGGCGGAGCCUGGCGCGAUCCCAGGGUCCUGGCAGAGUCUUUCGGCCCAACCGAAACUUUGCUGCAGAGCAGCCGGUACGCCGAAAUAAUAACACGCGAACAUGUCGUCGCCUUUGCAUCCAUCGACUACCGCUUGAGCGCGCAUCCAAAUUUCCCGCAGGACCGCAGCACCACGGAUGCGGCGACUCAGCUGCGUGAUGCGAAACAUCCGGACCACCUGCACGACGUGCUGGCUGCGAUCGCCUUCCUGCAGGAGAGAUAUGGCUUCGGGGAUCGAUACAUCCUCGUUGGCCACAGCUGCGGGGCGACGCUGGCCUUCCAGACCGUGAUGGGCAAGGUUGCAGGCGCUGAGACGACGACGACGAUCACGAAGCCGAGAGCCGUGGCCGGGGUCUGCGGGAUAUACGAUCUCAGGCUCCUUCGAGACGACUUCAAGCAGGAGCCGAUCUACCACCAGUUCCUGGAGGGCGCUUUCGGUCCCGAUGAAGACCUGUGGGAUCGGGUCUCCCCGGCCAAGGACGGUAUCGAGGCCGGAUGGCUCAACGGCAAACUGGCUCUGCUAGCCCACUCGGCGGGCGACGAGCUCGUGAACCUGCGCCAGUUCCUGGCCAUGAAGGAUGCGCUUGUGCCGUGGAAAGAGGCAGCCACCGCUAAGGAUGACAGGUCGACCAGGCAGGUUGUUCUCCUGCAGGAUCUGCAACAGCCGCACGACGACGUCUGGAGCAAUGGCGAGGAGCUUGCCGCGGUCAUUGUGACUGCAAUACGAGAACUAGCGAAAAUAGAUUCAUAG